GAGCCGAGGGAGGAGGGCGAGCGUCAGCUGGCACCAGCGCCCAAUCGGCGAAGAGCUCGUGGAGGCGGCAGUGAUGUUGUCACCUGACUGUGGUCGGGCAGCGCAGCGCCUGGAGAAGCCGCGGCGGAGCUGGCCCCGAGGCAGGGGGUCGAAGUGGCUCAGGCUCGCUUAGAGGGAGCUGCGGGUGUGAAGAAUAGAAGCAUGUUCCCUCUUAGAUCUUCAUCCACAGACGUGAUACAGAAUGUCUUUAAGUGAAAGGAACAGUGUGGUUUUUGCAUAUGAAUCUUCAGUACACAGUGCCAAUGUUCUGCUUAGUCUUGACGAACAGAGAAAGCAAGACCUUUUUUGUGAUGUUACCAUCUUAGUGGAAGAUCAGCGAUUUCGGGCCCAUCGCUCUGUGCUUGCAGCCUGCAGCAAUUACUUCCGUUCAAGAAUUGCGGGUCAGUUGGAACCUGAUCUUAUUAUUUUACCUGAAGAGGUAACACUAAAUGGAUUUCAACCUUUGCUUCAAUUUGCAUACACUUCCAAACUUAUUUUAGAUAAAGACAAUGUGGCUGAAGUCUGCAAGUGUGCAGAGUUUUUGGGAGUACAUGACAUUGAGGAAUCUUGCUUUCAGUUUCUUAAAUUCAAAUUCCUGGACCAUAAAUCCGGCCGGCGGGAAUACCUCCCCCAAAAAUGUUGUAAACAGCGCUGUCAGAAAGAGCUUCGUAAAAUAGAUGCUGAUGAUGGGGCUCUAGAAAUAGAUGGUGUGGAUGACAUUUUACAAAAUAAACGCAUUCAAAAUCCUCAGUUGAAUGCCUGCAAAAAUGAACAAAAUUUGGAAAUGUCUAUUCUGCAAGAUAAUGCCAGUCAGACCUGUGAGUCUGUAUCAGAAAGGGGUCAUGUCUUUGGUUUAGAGUCUCUAUAUCCCAAAUACAGGAAGUUCCAAAAAGCUUUAGGAAAUGAUAAAGUCGCUAUUGCGGAGUCCAACUCCAGUAUUAAAGAGAUUGCAUCCGUUCAUCAGACUGAAUCAAAUACUACUGGUGCUAUAAAGAAAUCUCUUGACUGUGCAGCUGUGCAGCCGGUCGCAAAAUGUGAAGAUGCUCAGGUAGAGAUGGAAGAAGAUGGGAAAGAAGAGUUCAUAAAAGAGACAACGCCUCUGUUCCAAAGUAUUGAAUGCUCUGUGGAGAAGAUGGAUUCUGCUUUUGCCCCCCACAAUUUUUCUGUUGCCACUCAUGGACUUUAUUCUGCCUCUUUCUUAAAUGCAUACGAUCAAUGUUGUAAUUUGACUUUGAGUGGUAUGCAGAGCAAUACAGAGGUAGCUGAAAAAAAUGGCAUUGUCUCCGGAGCUGGAAGUUGCAAAUCAGUGAAUGAAAACGUUGAGGGCCCAUCUUUGAAAUCUCAUUUGUGUGACAGAGAAAAUGUGAACAGCAGUUCGCCUAGCAAUCGCAGCAGUGUGGAGAGAGAGAUAGCAGAACAGCUAGCAAAAGGAUUUUGGAGUGAUGUUUACAGCACAGAUCCAGCGUGUCAAGUCAGCUUGUCUCCUGCAUCAUCGAAAGACUUUACAGAGCAGGUCUGUUCCGAAAAGAAAACUGAGUGCCCAUGGUUAGGUAUUAGGAUCAGUGACAGUCCUGAACAUGGCCCUCAAAGAACUUUUACAACUUUGAGCUCCGUCACUUGCCCCUUCAUCAGUAAUCUUGGAACUGAAAACAGCACUGAUAAUAAUAGUGGAGACUGUGUUCCAGAACAGCAAUCAGAUCAGUGCCCUUACACCUGUGUGAUAAACCUGGAAGAAGAAUCCGAAACUGAUACAGAAGGAGAUAGUGAAUCCUGUUCUGCCAGAGAACAGGAAUGUGAGGUAAAGCUGCCAUUUAAUCCACAGAAGAUAAUUUCUCUUUCUAGAAAUGACUUUCAGUCAUUUCUAAAAAUGCACAAAUUGACGCCAGAAGAGCUGGACUGUAUCCAUGAUAUUAGAAGGCGAAGUAAAAAUAGAAUUGCCGCACAGCGCUGUCGUAAGCGAAAGCUUGACUGCAUACAGAACCUUGAGUGUGAAAUAGAGAAACUGCAAAAUGAAAAAGAGAACUUGCUGAAGGAGAAAGAUCAAAUUUUGUCAACACUGGUUGAGACAAAGCAGAAUCUGACAGGACUUUGCCAACAAGUAUGCAAGGAAGCAGCACUGAGUCAUGAGCAAAUACAGAUUCUUGCAAAAUAUUCUGCCUCUGAUUGUCCACUUUCGUUUUUGGUCCCAGAGAAGGAACAACCAGCACCAGCUGAUGUUAUGUCUGCAACGCCAUUGUGUGUAGAAUUAUCUGCAGGUCUUUCUGUUGCAUCAACAAAUGAUUAAAGUUCCACUUACCAAAGUGUAAAAGGAGCAUGUGAUACAGAUAUGAUCAAGCACAAAAAAUUGUCCAGUUCCUGUAAUAAUAUCUGAGAAAACAUUGUGUCCAAAGAGGUGUGCAGAACAGUAUUGGUCUUGCCAGUUUUCAUCAAUGAAUGACUUGAUAAAUGCACUACAGAAAAACCGUAUUUUUGUCACACUUGUACUAACAGGGUUAAAAGAUUGAUUGCUUAGGAGGAAUAGUGUGCAUCUGCUUAUGCUUAACUAUCCACCAUUCUCUGUGAACCCUAAAAGUAAUUAUGGGCUUCUCUUUCUGCCAUGUGAAGGAGCUGUUGUGCAGUUUAGAGGCUUUAGGCUGCCAUUGCCAUAUGAAUCAAAAUAACUGGAACAAUUUGCCUUCUUAAAAAUUCCCUCAACAAUCCAGCCUAGAUGUGUUUCAAAUGAAUAAAUGCAUCUGGUGACACAUCCUUGGGAAUAGUGGGUCAUUUCAUUAGAGGCUUUUCCCAUUCUUGGCAUGUUGUCCUUCCAUGAUCUCCAAAGGUGGAACCCAGUGCUGCGACAGUGGGGUUCUGCUGACAUAGUGGGACUCUUGUUUCCUUUCCUCCCCCAAACACCCACCAAAUCUGCUUGGGGGACUAGAGGGGACAGGAGAGGAAAUUCCAUUCUAUCCCUUGGGCAAAAGUCCUUAGGCAUUGUUGGAUACUGCCCCCAAUACAUGAGGUUCUGCUUGACAUAAAAUUUGUGCUUCUUGCUUGAGAUUUGAUAAGUGGUUAUAAGGAGAAUUAAAAUGAUCAAGUAUUCUAGAAGGAUUUCAGCUUUUACUAUUAAUAGUGGGACCAGUUCGGAUGUAUUUAAAAACUAUUCUCUUAAAUGGAUAGUUAAUUUAUAUUCAGUUUUCAUUGUCUUGUUCUUCACUUAUAAAAAUAGAAUCACUUCGAUUCUUCAAUAGUUCUAACUAUUAAAAAUAAGCAAAUAGAGAAUUUUAUGGUAGGCUUCUCUGCAUUGUAUUAAUUACAGAAAAUCCAUAUAAAAUCUGUAAUUACUCUUAAUAACAGAAGCUUUAUCUACAGAACCUCAAAUAUUUUUGCUGGUUUACAAAUGCAAAAGCCAAUGGAAUUCUUCAUUUCCUACCUCAAAACAGGCAUCUGUUUUUAUACCUAUGUUUGGAAUAUGAUCAUCUUUCUAUAACUGCUUUGCAAGAUUUUAGCAUAGUAGAUCUGCUAUUUCUUAACAUGCUAAGAUAUUGGUUAAGUUAGUGUUGACUUUAGCCUCUAGGAAAGUAAAAUUGCAUUUUAUAAAAUAUAAUGCGAACAUACAUGGGGAACAUUUGGCCAAAUACAUAAUCUGAACAGUACUCUUAAUAACCAGCAUGUAUUACAAAAACUACACUACCUCACAGAAUGAUUUCAAGAUCAUUCAAAGCUGCAGUGGUAUUCAUAAAUACUUGUCACGAAUUAGCAUUAUGAUUUACACAGCUUACAGGCUUUUGACUUCAUUGUGGAAGUUCCUCUAUGAGUUCAUUUGUUUUCUUUUGUGUAUGUUCAAUUCCAUUGUGAUAAUUUUAGGGAAGGAUUCUAGCAUUUUGAGUGUUGUGUGCAUUUAAUAAGGCACUUACUCUUGAAAAGUGCACAUAACUUCUGUCCUAGCAGUCAUAUGCUUCAACUUCCUUCUUGAUCCACCCUGUUCCUUUCUGACAAAUCAGUUAGCAGUGCCAAAUUUGUUUAGGCUUAUAAUGUAAAACUUAUACUUUAAAGAAGUAGCUCUGUUUUGAAAGGAUAUAAUAUUGACAUAAUUGCUUUUGAGAUACAGCUAAGUGUCAAUACUGUAAACUAAAUUGUAUCUGUAGGGAACUGGAUUUUCUAUGGGCUGGCUAGUGUUGAGGUUGACAGGGACAGUCUGGCUUAAGUCUCUGUCUCUCAAAGCCAACUAACAAAGAGUCUGGAAGACUGGAUUAUUGUCCAGUAGAGCAGUGCAUCAGAGCCUGCACUGCAUUCUUGCUAUUGGUUAAUAAAUUUACUGAGUGGUAUUCAACUAGUUUUACUCUCUGUCAAUUUGUUGAAAUUAAUGGAGCUAACAUAGUCAUGUUUGCUAAUUUCUUCGGGUCUAUGUUAAGUAAAACUUAAUUGAAUACCACUCAUGGUCUGUGAAUUGAAGCUCCAGGUUCAGUUCACAUUUUUAUAGGAAUUGUUAAAUAUGCUCAGUUUCUAACACCUAAUUGAAAAAAGGAGGUGGUUUAAUACCUAAUCUGCUACCUCUAGGAAAGUUUGUACAGUGAUGCCUCAGGUUGUGUGCAAACACUGAACGGCUAAAACAUCAACUUGCAAAUGUUGGAAUGAACUUCAAUGGCAAUUUUAAUAUACAAGACUCUCAGGUAAAAUGUGUAUUUUUUUUAGUUUCAGCCAAGAACAUUCAGUUUUGAACUUGUAAUAUAUUUGCAUCAAGGCAUGUCAAAAGUAGUUUAAAAUAUUUUGGGCAAAUUGUUAGGUGUUCUAACAACAAAACAGCAUCAAGAUUGUAAAAAACGACUCUCAAUUAAUUACAAUUGAUUUUAUAUCUUUCAUAGUACAGUGUUUUCUAAUGCAAUAAAAACCACUACCCUUUCUAAGGAGGUUUUCAUUUUUGUAAAAUUUUGGCAUUGUAGAAUUGAUGCAUACUGAUUGAUUCAUUUAGUACAGUACUACUAAAGCUGAACUCUGGAAAUAACAUUAUUUAUACAGUUUAUAUAAUAUAUUAAAGCAGCAAAUAUCACUGAAUUGGAAUAAAACUCCUAAAAACUCA